AUGGAUCAAACAUCUAAUUACCUUAAAAUUUGGGGGUUGCCUGAUGGAAUUGCUGAGAAUGACAUGCUAUAGAAGUUUAAAUGCAUUGGAAAAGUGACCAAAAGCAUAUUACAAAAUAAUGUAUGGUACAUUGUGUUUGAAGAUGAGGUCGAUAAUGAUAGUGUUGAGUUUUUUGCAAGCACCUACACAUAGUUGUAAUAUGUAAUUGGUUCAGAAAUGAGUCCUUAAGACAUACAGAAAUUUUCUUCUCUAUUUCCCUAAAACGAUAAUCAGGAACUGUAGAGAAAGAGACUGGAAUAAGAAAAGCUUCAGGAAAUAGCUAAAAAAUAAUAAGAGGAUUAAAGAUAGAAAUUGCUGCAAUAACAAUAGGAAUUUUUAAAAUAAUAACAAGAGGAAUAAAGAAGAAAAUAAUAAAAGGAGAGAGAAGAGGCUUAACAAAGAGAGGAGGAGUUGAAAUCUAAAUUAUUAGCUGAAUAAAGAUAACAAUAGGAGGAUCAAUAAAGAGUGAAAUUUUAAAAAGAAUAGGAAGAAAGAUAAUAAAGAUAAUAAUCACUCUAAUAGUAGUAAUUAUUGGAAGAAUAAAAAAGAUAAGAAUAAUUAAGAGGUUAGUAACCCUAAACAAAUUAGUAGUUCAAUUAAUAAACAUUAGAUUUAUAAAAGGAAAAACUUAAAGAAGAAUUAGCCCUGGAUUUCGCGAAAUCUCAAUUUUAACAAAAAUAAUAGGCUGAAUCAAAGGAGCAGGAAUAUAAUAAGAAAAUCUAAAAUUUGAAGAGCAAACUCACAGAAACAGAAAAUCAAUUAUAACAAUAAAAAGAUAAGUAUACUAAUUAAUAAGAGAAUUUAACAAAGCAAUAAAAAGAAAUUUAGGAUUUAAAGACAUCAUUAAAUCAUGUCACACAACAAAGAGAUAAUGUUAUUGCAAAGUUCAAAGAAUUGCAAUCCAACUAAGGAAGCAGUAUCACUCAAGAGGAUGUGGCCUUCUUAGAACAGUAACAAUAAUAAUAGGAGCCGUCAUCACUCUAAAAUACGUUGUUUAAAUUUGAAUUUUGGGGCCUUUUAGUAGGGGUUUGGAUCUUAAGUUAAGUAAUUAAUUUCUUCACCUGAUCCUAAAAUGAUAUAUGAUUUAUCAAAUAUUAAGUAUUUAUUAAUU